AUGCAUCCCCCUCCUCCAUCGGCACACACCACCGACGACACUACGGCAAACAUCCAAGGACACCCGCUAUCGUCGCACUACCCACCCCAUGGGGUUCGACCAGACCCUCAACAAAUCAUGCGCAUGAUAAGGCGUCCCCAUGCUCCACUCCCCCCAAGACUGGGAACACGGCCGUGA